UUCAUUUUUUUGUGUGCGAUCUAAUCCAUUAUCAGAGUUUGUUGAGCGAAACUUGCGAUUUUUCUGAUUCAACCAAAAUCAAUCUAGGGUUAGGGAUUCCAAUUUCAAUUUCAAAAUUCCUCUCUUCGAUUCUUUCCUCUCUCUCUCAUCCAUCUUCCUCGCUCCUCGAUCAACCCUUUCUUCAAACCAUGGUCUUAUUUUCUCGGGAAAAUUCCGCUUACAAUUUUCUCGUCCAAGCUCUUUUCCUAUCUAUCAUCCUUCGUCCAAAUUGUUACCGAAUUCCGAUUUCAUAGUUUCCACGAUCGAUUCGGUGAUCCGCAAAUUGCAAUUUAAAUUUUUUUGCGUUUGUUUUGGUGGUUGUAAUAGAGAUACGUGAGGGGUGUGAAGAAGUGUAGUUCAUACGUAUCGUUAACUUUGUGCAUACUGCAUAGAUAACUCUUUGUUAAUUAGGAUUUUUUUUUUGUAAAGGUGUAGAUAUUAUUACUGUAAUUAUUUUUGUGAUUUGGAAGUGAGUUAUGCAUAUAGAGGAAUUGAAGGUAGGUGAGGUGGGAGAAGGUGGAGAGGAAGGGAGAUCGAGCUUCGUCGGCUCGGAUGCGAAAAGGGUUCUGGUUGGAGCAGGGGCUCGCGUGCUAUUCUAUCCUACGCUGUUUUAUAAUGUCGUUAGGAAUAAGAUUCAGGCUGAGUUUCGGUGGUGGGAUAAGGUUGAUGAGUUCAUAUUGUUAGGUGCUGUUCCAUUUCCUAUUGAUGUUCCCCGCUUGAAGGAGCUUGGUGUUCGCGGUGUCAUCACAUUGAAUGAGCCAUAUGAGACUUUGGUUCCUACCGCAUUAUAUCAUGCUCAUGGAAUUGAUCAUCUGGUGAUUCCCACUAGAGAUUACUGUUUUGCUCCAUCAUUGCAUGACCUAUGCUGUGCUGUGGACUUCAUACAUGGAAAUGCAUUGUCUGGACGAACUACAUAUGUCCACUGCAAAGCUGGACGGGGUCGCAGCACAACUGUUGUUAUUUGUUAUCUGGUUCAUUACAAACAGAUGACACCUGAUGCUGCGUAUGAAUAUCUGAAGUCAAUUCGGCCUAGGGUGCUUUUGGCUUCCGCUCAGUGGCAAGCUGUUCAGGAAUACUACUACCACCUUAUGGUGAGGAGGGCUGUUGGAUUUGCUCCUACAGCCGAUCUAUUCAUUAAGGCUUCUAAGGUUGCAGCCGCUUCACGAGAGCUUGUGACAUUUGAUGACAGCUCUGUAGUUGUGGUAACAGAACAUGAUCUUGAAGGAUACAACCCAAGCUGUCAAUCAGGAACCAUGCCAAGUGAAAUAUGGGCAGAUUUAAGUGUUGUUUACCGUGUACGUGUUGCUGGACAGGCAGCAUUGGCAAGAAUAUCGUGCCUUUGGCUGCGAUACGGUUCUAACCAGAAGAUUUCUGCGGAGAACCUGAGCGGGGAAAGCAGUUGCUCAGUCAGAACUAAUCACUUGGGAGCAAUUAGUGUUGAUAUCCAUGUCUACUGAAAAAAAAAAGCCUGGGUUGCCUACUAAGUUCCCACCAAGUUUGACAUGUUUUCCAUGUUCUGCACAAAAAUAAUUCAUGCUUGGCUGGGCUUUAUAUGAAUAGCUUACCUCUGUAUAUUCUGCUACUUCCCUCAUUUGAAUUCAAAUGAUGAGUGUGUCAUACGGGUUAAUCAAUUGAUGUGCUUCAUCUAUA